AUGGCGCUAGUAACGAGGUUAUUUUCAGUGAAAUUGUUAUACCUUUUAAUCAUUUCACUCUUGCCUGGUAUAAAUUUAGCAGACUUAGAAGGUCUGAAUGAAUAUUCUCUCGCAAAUAUCACCGCAGCAGUGAAGAGCGGUUGCGUUUUGGCGGCAUUGAAGCCGGCGUUGAAGGAUACUACUCUUCAUUCAAUUUUUCAAAAACUUUCUAUGGCUUUUAAAAAUGAAAGCCGAGUUAAUGUGGGAGUUUUAAGUCUUGGUGAUGCGAGCAAGAUCUCGUGGGAACGUAGUACAAGUCGAGAUUUGGCUGAUUAUAGCGAUCUGGCGUUCUUUCCAAGAAAAAAGUCGGACAGGGCAUGCCUUAUACGACCAGCUUGGGAACAUUUACCUAAAGCCCAGAUAUUUCGGGGCUCCAGAACAGUUCAAGAAUUACUUGCAUUUCUCAAUGAAAACUGUGAGACUUUCAGGCAACAGGAUGGUAAUUUAUCUCCUGCUGGUCUAUUAAGGAGGAGAAUUUUAAAAAAUUUGUACCGGGUUCCAAAACGUGAGGACCUUAGACAUGAUCAUAAUUCAGGCCCUGUCAACAUUGGUGGGACAUGUGAACGGAUUCCUCUUCCUUCCAAAGAGAAGUUUUUUAAUGAAUACUUUUUUCGAUCAAAGCCGGUUGUCAUCACAGGUGAGAAAAAUUGUACAAACAUGGUAAUAUGUUUAGAGUCAUUUCCAAUAACCUUUGUGAACAGCAGCUAGAUUAUUUUUCCCCACAAACCCCUCCCUAAAGAUCUUCAGACUGGACAAUUUUAUUGGAAGUAAUUAAAAAUUAAAUUUAACUUAUCUUCUUUCUUAAGCUUAGUGGCCUAUCUGACCUAAGCUUACCUCAGCCUCCACGGCAUGAAUCUAAUAGCCUUUUUCUAGCUCUAUCAGUCUUGCCAAUCUUCCUAAAGGGGGGAUGUCAGUCUAUAACAAGGGGUUACUCACCACCCCCCAGGUUUCUCUAGUAACCUAGACACUUCACUGUAGCCUAAGGCACCAACCAACUGUAGGUCAUUCAAUUUUCCACAUCAUGUAACAGUUUUUUGUAAAUUACCCUUGUUUUGACUUUUCAUAGAUGCUGUAAAAAACUGGCCUGCGAUAAAAAAAUGGACAAGUGAUUUCCUCACAAAAAAGUUUGGACACAAGAUGGUGCGGAUUGCAUUUGCACCUUCUGGAGAAUAUGAAGGUUGUGAGAAAGCCAACAAUUUUGAGGAUUUCAAACAUUUCAAUUUUCCAGAUGUGGUGAAAUCUCAGCUUCCUUUUCCAGACUUGGUGGUUGUUCGUCCUGCAUUUUUAGAAAUGAAAUUCUCAUCUUUCAUGGAAGUACUUCAGUCAUCAAAUAAUAGUGAUAUUACAGCUUAUUUAGAGUACUCUUCGAUACCAAGUUUACUUCCAGAGCUCGAACAAGACAUCAGAGAAAUGCCUUUUGUUGCUGGAGAAUUAAAGAGAAGACAUUUGAAUAUUUGGCUAAGUAAUGGUAAUACGUUAGGCAAGCUGCAUUUUGACCCAUUCGAUAACUUUCUGUGUCAGGUAAGUUGAUCUUGUUCAAGUGGAGUAUAUUUUGAAUUAGUUUUGUAAAUUGAAACAAAAAAAUCACAAUGGCAUGAAAAAAAAAGUGGGAGAUGCACUGUCCUUAUGGUCAAUGUGGUGGACUUUGGGUUGAAAGGGGCAGUUCAAGACAUAGCUGGGUGAUCAUGUUGGGUGUUAGACACUUUACUCGCACAAUGCAUCUCUUCAUCCUUGAGUAUAAAUGGGUACUACAAACUGGAUUAAGAUUUUGCUGAACACUUUAACUCCCAUGAGUGACCAAGACAGAAUUUCUCCUUACAAUAUCAAUACAAAAUCAAGAAGUCAAGUGAUGAGAACUUAGAAGAGUAUCGAUUAGGGGAUCAUUAGUUGAUCCAAUACCAAAUUCUCAGAAGUAACAUUAGAAGAAUUGUAUAUUGGACAGUAAGGAGAAUUACUAAUGAGAUCUUGGGAAUUAAAGGGUUAACCAUUUACACCCUAACAUCAGUUUACAAGUUCUCCCUACUAAACUCUAUACAUUUCCUAAAGUGCUUAAAGGAGAAUUUGCUAAAUAAUCAAGAGCUCCUUGAACUCGCAAUCAUUUCCUUUAUUCUCAUAACCUAAAUGUUUGAUUCAGGAUUAAUAGUGUUGGGAGAAAUUAGAUGUUUAUCACUCCUAAUGGUUUAAGGAUUAACUAUUUAUUUAUACAUCUCUAUAAAAGUGUACAGCUUUAUAACUGCAGUCAAACCAAGUGAAUAUCAUUAUCAAUAUCUCUUUUCCCUUUCAGAUCAGUGGGACAAAACAAUUGUUCUUAUAUGAACCACAUGAUAACACAAAACUGUAUGAAGCUCAUAUUCAAGAGGCUACACUCAGCUACAAUCCCACAAACAAGAAGUUCCGUCGUAAAAAACUUCUAGAAAGUACCUCAAUGGUGAUGUCUCCAGUUGAUAUCCUUAAACCAGAUUAUCAAAGAUUUCCAAAAUUUAAGGGGGCACAGGCUUUGAAUUGUACUAUAAAUGAAGGUGAUGUUCUAUUUAUGCCGUCAUUUUGGUGGCAUGAGGUCCAGUCAUCUCCAAGUAAGGAAGAGCAAAGAAAUGUAGCAGUGAAUUUUUGGUAGGUCUCUUAACCCUUAACACCCUCAUGUCAGUACAUGCAAAAUCUUUAUACAGUUCUCUGUACAUUUCCUAAGGUGCUGAUGAGGAGAAUUUGGUAAACAAUCGAGAGCUUCUUUAGUUGGUGAUCAUUUCCUUAUUCUCAUGACCGUGAUGUUUGAUUCAGGGCUGAUGUUGUAGGGAGAAAUGAGAUGCUAGUCGCUCAAACAAACUUAAGAUAUGUAUAGAACCUUAAGACAUGUAUAGAACCUUAAGACAUGUAUAGAACCUUAAGAUAUGUAUAGAACCUUAAGAUAUGUAUGGAACCUUAAGAUGUGUAUAGAACCUCAAGAUGUGUAUAGAACCUUAAGAUGUGUAUAGAAAACAGUAUGGAAAUUAUGCUUACUGAUGUUAGAGUUUGGAUUACAAUUGAGGAGGUUCUUGCUUAUCAGGGCUACAUAGAUCUGCAGGGCACAAAAUGGUUUAAUAUUUUAGGCAGAGAAAAUAUUUUAUUUUGUUUUCAAUUUAAUUUACUAGUUUUUAUUUUCCUUUUCUUAUAGGUAUGAGCCUUUUUUAACCAAAGAGUUUCCUUGUUCCACAUGCAAAAUGGACAUUAAUUCCUUUUAUCGUCACAUGCUGUACUCGUAA